UGGACAUGCAUGACGCAGACACAAAAAAACGAAACUAAAAUAUUAUCAGAGGGGUGUGAAAAGUAGUGUCAAUAUAACCAUGACACUUAUUUGGGACAUCAUUGAAUACUUGAGAAAUCUUAUUCUUUGGAUAACAGGGAUGUGGCUGUUUAAAUCAACUACACCACCUAUGCCUACUGCAGUUUUUGAAAAGGAAUGGAGGAUCACACCCUGGGGUCAGAAAGAGGUAAUACUGCAGAAAUUGAAAGACUAUGUUCCUGGAAACCCUGAUAUUAAGAGUAUCCGAGUCUUGCUCCAUGGACCAGUCGGAGCGGGCAAGUCCAGCCUUAUCAACUUCAUCAACAGUGUCUUUCAGGGUCACAUUACCAGCAUCGCACUAGCUGACAGUGCUAUUGCAGGUGAAAGCUUCACCGUAAAAUACCAAACCCACAAAAUUGAAACAGGGAAACAUGGAAUCUACUACCCCAUCGUCUUCAAUGAUGUCAUGGGUCUGGAGGAAAGCAGUGGCAAAGGUGUGCAUAAGGAUGACAUCAUCAACGCCCUAAAGGGCCAUGUAAAAGAGGGCCACAAGUUUAAUCCCAUGUCACCAUUAUCAGAAAAGGAUCCUGGCUACAUAAAGAUCCCCAGUUCAGAAGACAGAGUUCACUGUCUAGUCAGUGUCAUGCCAGCUGAUAAAAUGGCUUUCUUGAGAGAAAGUGUAAUCCAGAAGAUGAGGGACAUCAGACUAGCUGCCGCCGAUAUGGGGAUUCCCCAAAUGGUUAUUCUCACCAGAGUGGAUGAAGCCUGUCCAUCAGUAAGGAAAGACGUGAAGAACAUCUAUCUGAGCAAGUACAUAAAGGAGAAGAUGGAGCAGUGCAGUGCCAAACUGGGAGUACCAGUGAACUGCAUCCUGCCUGUGAAGAACUACCAUGAGGAAAUUGACUUGAAUGAAGACAUGGAUGUGCUGCUAUUGAGAGCACUGAGGCAGAUGGUGGACUUUGCAGAUGACUUCAUCAAAAAUAUCCCUCUCAAAAUAACCCCAAAAGAGGACUAAUCUAUUGCGGAGGCCGCGGGGAUGUCACGUUCGUUCUCCUCGUCUGAGGAGGAGCAUGGAUCGGACCAAAACGCAGAGUGAUAUGAAUACAUCU